AUGUUCCAUCUUUUUGCAUCCGAGGUGGCGGCGUUUGCCUCGAUGGUGCUCUUUGUUCUCAUGUAUGGCGUCUUCUACUUCUUCGACAUUGGUUGGGCUCGCCAGCCGACCGCUGUGGAUGUGUUCGUGCUCAUCUGUAGCUGUAUCUUUGCAUGUCGCACAGCAGCCAAGGGUAAGGUGUGCCAGUGGCCCUCCGGUGUGGACUUCACAAACCGUGUGGCACUCGUCGUUGGGGCCACCUCUGGCGUAGGCUACAGCACGGCGAUGCAGCUCGCAGAGCACGGCUGGACCGUUGUGCUCGCAGCCCGCAACAUCGAUCGGCUGCUUUUUUCAAAAAAGGCUAUUGAUCGUUACUUGCAGAGGUGCAACGCGAAGGGUUCGGUGAAGGUGCUCGGCACCGUUGAUCUGCGCUCGGAUGCGUCUAUCCGAGCCUAUGUAAAGGACCUGGCGGCUGUAAAGGCGCAGCUGCCGGUGGGUCUUCUUAUCAUGGCGGCUGGCGCGAUGCAUCGGCAUCUGCACCUUGUCGGCGAGCUGGAGGAGUUGAGAACAGGCAAAGCGUCCGUCGCGGCAUCGUCCACGGCCUGGCGUUCGAUGGAGUGCAUGAUCGCCGCAAAUGCAGUCGGUCCCUAUUUAUUCACCCAGCUGAUGCUCCCUUUGUUGGAUGAGACGGCAGAGAGGACGUCGGUCACGUCGCGCAUCGUGAACGUGGCGUCGAGCUGCCACACCUUCCUUGGCCCUGGCCUCCAAGCUCGCUACAGCCCGGUCGAGAUGAUCCACGGACUUGAUGAGCGAGCCGCUGAAGUGCUCCCCGGCGACGGCUCUGGGGAGGCGAAGAAGGGCAAAACUGCGCGUGGCCCAUAUUACAUUCGCGACUAUAGCUGGGCCAGUUUUGUUGGUUACUAUGGGCUUUCCAAGCUCUGUGUCAUGUGGAACACGCGGCUCCUGGCGCGGCAGGUCGCGACGAUGCGUUUCAUCGAAAAGACUGCUGCGAAGACGCCUGCUCUGCGCAAACCAGCAACGAAUCACAGUCCCACAGACCCUGCCCAGAACAUCACUGCAACGCCAGAGACAGCCCGACAGGACCAACUCAAGAUCUUCGUCGCCUGCACGCACCCCGGCAUCAUCACUACCUACCUCUACCGUGACAUCUUCGCGCCAUGGAUGCUCGACUACUUAUUGUACUACCCUUCCCUUGUCUUCGGAAAGACAUGGUUUGAGUCCGCUCAGUCGACUCUCAAGGCAGCGGUGGAGGACACAGGGAUGGUACAGGGCGGCUACUACCUCUGCAGUGGGGAGUACGGCCCGGAGAGCGGUGUCAACUGCGUCUCGGCCCACGCCCAGAGUCUGACAAACAUGGAGGAGUAUCACAAGUGGCUGAUGGCACGAGUGGUGCCGGCACUGAAGCCGGAGAGCAGCGACACGGGCACGAGGAAACAAGACGAAGCAUUUUUGCAUUAA